GGUCGCGUGCAGACCCAGGCAUGGGGGCCUCUCAGCGCUGUGCGAUCUGGGUGGGGCUCCGGACGCAUGCGCGGCCGCCGUACGGAAGCCCGGAAGGAGGGGCAGGGGGCGGUGGCUCAGGUUUCUCCGGGCGGUGGCGGUGGCGGCGGCGGCGGCGGCGGCGGCGGCGGUGGCGGUGGCGGGAGCAGCAGCGGGGACGCGGCUGGAGCUGGCGCCAUGAACCCGCUGUAAGGCGCAGGCUGUGCAGCACGGGCUGCGGGGGAGGAGGAGGAGGACGCCGCGGUGAAGUUCUCCGCCAUGAACCUGAGGGGCCUCUUCCAGGACUUCAACCCGAGUAAAUUCCUCAUCUAUGCCUGUCUGCUGCUGUUCUCUGUGCUGCUGGCCCUUCGUUUGGAUGGCAUCAUACAGUGGAGUUACUGGGCUGUCUUUGCUCCAAUAUGGCUGUGGAAGUUAAUGGUCAUUGUUGGAGCCUCAGUUGGAACUGGAGUCUGGGCACGAAAUCCUCAAUAUCGAGCAGAAGGAGAAACGUGUGUGGAGUUUAAAGCCAUGUUGAUUGCAGUGGGCAUCCACUUGCUCUUGUUGAUGUUUGAAGUUCUGGUCUGUGACAGAAUCGAGAGAGGAAGCCAUUUCUGGCUCCUGGUCUUCAUGCCGCUGUUCUUUGUUUCCCCGGUGUCUGUUGCAGCUUGUGUUUGGGGCUUUCGACAUGACAGGUCACUAGAGUUAGAAAUCCUGUGUUCUGUCAACAUUCUCCAGUUUAUAUUCAUUGCCUUAAGACUGGACAAGAUCAUCCACUGGCCUUGGCUUGUUGUGUGUGUCCCGCUGUGGAUUCUCAUGUCUUUUCUGUGCCUGGUGGUCCUCUACUACAUCGUGUGGUCCGUCUUGUUCUUGCGCUCUAUGGAUGUGAUUGCCGAGCAGCGCAGGACACACAUAACCAUGGCCCUGAGCUGGAUGACCAUCGUCGUGCCCCUUCUUACGUUUGAGAUUCUGCUGGUUCACAAACUGGAUGGCCACAACGCCUUCUCCUGCAUCCCGAUUUUUGUCCCCCUUUGGCUCUCGUUGAUCACGCUGAUGGCAACCACAUUUGGACAGAAGGGAGGAAACCACUGUAUGUACUCAGCAUUUGAGAAGUCCUUGGUGUGUGUGUGGG